ACCUUUGAACUAAAAUACUGACAUUUCAUGUUGCAAGGUUUGUUUAUAAAAUUUUAUAACCUAACUUUUAAAAAUAAACAAAUUUAAUGUGGUAGCGUCCGAGUCAAGUAAAUACAUAAAAAUGGACGCCCAAUUAGAAAUUAGGGAUCAAAGAUUGUCACCAGUUUUGAGUAACAGCAAAAGUAAAGGAGGUGUCGCACGACGUAAAAAGCCACGAUUCAAAAGUCGCAUCAAAUUGGAUAAAAUGUUUAAUGAUGACAAUUGUUCAAGUAAUUCAUUAGCGGAGGAUACUAUUACCCAAACUUCCCAACCACCAUCGUCUGUUCUCGACGAUGAGAACGUUGGAAAUAAAGAAAACAAAAUCUCUGUUCAAAAUGAAAGUUUACUAGCAAAAGUUGAGGAAAGUGAAUUGGAGGAAAAGGAAAAGUUAAAUGAGUUUAAUUUUAAGAUGCCUCUUUCACCAGCUCCUAGAAAAUACAUGGCCACUAGAUCACUAGAUGAACCCAAUUUAAAUAUGCCACUUUUCCAAACAGCCAAUGGUAAACCUAUCAUCAUUAAUGAAGACAAACUAAAGACAUGCACAAAAUUGUUUGAUGACAUUUACAAUUUAUCACAAGAAAACAAUGAGAAGAAAUUCAACUUUUUGAAAAAAUCCAGCCACCACAAUUAUCCAUGGAAACCACCUCCUCCAAAACAAACUCAUCAAACACCCUUGGCAUCUCUGAUACAUAAACAUUGCAACAGUAGCCAAGAAGAAAUCAGUGAAUUGAGUGUGAGCAAUUCUCAGUUGUUGUCUGCUGUUGAUAAAAUUUUAGAAUCAAACAAUAAAAGAACCAGUCAGCAGUUUGAUUGGAACAAGAACGAUUUAAAGGAGCUUGGUAGCUUUGCCACAAAAAAGUCAAUGGAGGAAUCAGAUUCAAAUAAAGAGGCGACAUGCGAAAGUGAAGAUAAAAAAAGAUAUAAAGUUGCUCCUAGUGAUACUAGUGAUGAUGAUAAUGAUACUGAUAAUAACUCUGGUAAUGAAAAUGGGAAUUUAUCGAAUGAAAUAUAUGUUUCAGAUGAAAAAAGAGUUGGCAUAGAAAAUGAAGAAUCAUGCAAAAGCUCAGUAUCAGAUGAUGAAAACAAUUUAUUACAAAACGAACCCGACGACUUGCUUUUCGAUUCUAAAAUAAAUGGAAUCACGAGUCGGGAGAUGCCCGAGUGUCAUAUGCAAGGGUUUCAAACGGCCGGUGGGAAGUCGAUCGUGAUUCCACAAAUGGUUAAACAUAAUAAAAUGUUUGCAGAAUUUUUCAACAGUCUGGAAAUAAUGGAAGAGGACCAGUCUGUCAUACGCGACGAACCCGAAGUCAUCGAUUUGACUAGCGACACCGAGGCUAAUCCUAUCACGCCGAAACCAAUUGGCAAACGUAAAAGACUCGGUAUCGGUUUAUCGUCAGGAUCCAAGAAGCCAAAACUGACUAGUUCAACGCCGAUCCAAGCGCACACCAGGAGCAUGUCAGCUGGGGACUACAGUCGAAUCAAAGAAAUAUUCGGCGAGGAGGAUUGUAGCGACAUUUUCGGCACUGCGAGGCAAUUAUCCAACAUUGAGGAGGUGGAGGAUGAGGAGGAGGAACGGCAAGGACACGAUGCCACACUCAUGCCGGAGAACACGUGCAGUUUCCAAUUCAAGAAGCCGACAGAGCAAAUUGACUUAGAUGACUGGUGGAUAAGUGUAGAGGAGGAACAGAUUAGACUGGAGAUGGCUUUGGCAAAGGUCAAGAGGAAGAAAGCAGUUUUGGAGAGGAUCAUGUCAAACGUCGAGACGCACACAAAACCAAAAGAAGGAUAUUUAUAUUUAAACAAAAAGCAAUACCAAUCGCGCAUGACUCUACGCAAUUUGGGUGAACUGAAGAAACCAGGACAAGACUCUCAUUUAAUCCAAGGUUCCCUUUUGUUCACUAUAGAUGCGAACAACGCCAACCGAGUACACUUCUCCUCCAAUGGCGAUGUUAUCGUUACGGAAGACGGAUGCGAAAUAGUGCCGAACGAAGAUGGACAGAUCGGAUUGGCGGAAAUAUGUGUGGCCUUUAGGAAUACGCCCGCCGUCGAUCCAAAAUUGAUUCCGGAUGGGUGGCUUGAGAACCACUACAGGUGGAUCGUGUGGAAGUUGGCGGCGUACGAGCGCAUGUACCCGAUCGAAAUGAAUGGUUCUUUCAGCGUCGCGGAGGUUGCCAAGCAGCUGAAGUACAGAUACGACCGGGAGAUAGACAUGACUCAGCGGAGCGCCGUCAGAUUGAUCUGCGAGCAGGACGGAUCGCCGCAGAGGCGAAUGGUGCUGGUGGUGUCGAAAAUCAAGGAAAUUGAGUUGGGGGGAAGAUACGAGUUGGAGCUGUCGGACGGCUGGUACGGGAUUAGGACCGUUAUUGACAACAUCUUGUCCUAUCAGGUGUUCAAGGGAAAAGUACGAAUCGGCACGAAACUGAUCACGUGCUCCGCGGAACUUGAUACUUAUCGGCCGUUCCAUCCUCUGGACGCUCCCGAGUCCGCUUGCUUGCGGAUCCACAGCAACAGCACUAGGAUUGCGCGAUGGGAUGUGAAACUAGGUUACUGUCGAUAUCAUAAACCGUUUGCGAUUCGCCUCGGAUCGGUGUAUGCCAGUGGCGGUUUGAUUGGUCGUUUGGACGUUUACAUUGCCCGGACGUACCCCAUCAAGUUCAUGGAGCGAAAGGGAAACGAUUCACAAAUCGGUAUACUGUGGCGCAACAAAAAGGCCGAAGAUCAGGCGGCGAUGCGCUGGGAAACGGAACGUUCGAAACGGAUUUCUAAAAUUCAACAACAAAUAAAACAGCAGUAUGAACAAGAAGAACGGAAAGACGACAAGAGUACUUCGAAAGUGAUUUACACACUGCGAGAAAUCGAAGGAAUAACAUGUCCGCAAACCUUGUACAACAUUUACCGGACGAGUGCCGAUCCGGAUAGCGUUCGGGAGAUGUUUUCUCUGGAACAGAGGCAGCUAUUUUCCGACUACCAGCAUCACAGAGCCAGACAAAUUGAGUCCAUGAUGAAUGCAAGAAUCAAGGACUCAGCAGCGAAUUUGUGUGAAAGAAAUGUGGUAGGCUUAUGGAAAGUUAGGAUUGUGGAUGUUAAUAAUCUGGAUGAGUCGUCCAUUCUGAACGUUUGGAACCCCUCUUCAGACUUUAUGCAGACACUUGCAGAAAACACAUUUAUUACAUUGUGCAAUGUUAAUCCUGGGCGGAACAAUGAACUAAGUGUAUCGAGCAAAACGCAAUGUCGUACGAAUAUGAUUGAAAAAUCGUUGUCCGAUUUUGCAGGUCUCACAAGAACUUUUGUACCGAUUGAAGCAUUGUUCAAUCCAAAUUUUAAACCCAUAUUUAAUGAGUUUGACACAGUUGGCAUAUUAGUUGAAACCAACUUUGAAGAUCUAAGGCAAAAAUUUUGGUUGGCCGACUGUUUUGACAGAAUCAUGGAGGUGCAAAUAAGAGAGCCGAAACACCUUCUUAUUUUGUUGGAUAAUUUGAAUGUGGGUCAAAUUAUGUCCGUGUGUAACAUACGUUUCAAACAAAUUGAUGGAGAGUUUGUGGAUGUUGAAGGAGAUUAUAACACGAUAACUGUUAAAUAUUCACGCUUCAAACAUAUCCAAGAAGCUUCUUCCAAUUUCAAAAAAGACAUACCUACAAAUUUGAACCAAUACAUAAUGAGGUGCAAGCAAAAAAUUUCCGAAAGAAGUCCAAACACUUUAAAAACGCCUCAAAAGAACAAUGAUACCUUAGAAGAGGAGAACACCUUGGAUCCUCUCAGUGUUACUCUAACUGAUGAAGUAAUGUCUUCACUUGAUAUUGAUAAAUUACUUAACAAUUAGGUAGAAUAAAUGUUUCAGUUUUUUUGUACUAUAUGUAUAACACAAUUUGAGUUAUUAUAAUUUAAUGUUUAAUUAAAGUUUUAUAUUUUGUUAAA